AUGGAGGGAUCUCUAUCCAUUCCCAUGUAUUCUCUGCAGGAUAUUCCAGGAAGAGGCAAAGGCCUUGUUGCAAACGAAAAGAUUCCCAGAGGAACACGAAUACUCUGCGAAGAACCCAUUAUAACAGAAGCAGAGGACCAAAGUACCGUGGAACUUCGAAAAUCGAUCAUUGAACAAUUUGAAGCGCUCAGCGAAUCCAACCGACAAGCUUUCCUCGCCAUGCGUAAUAUCUUACCAGAGUGCAUUGCUUCUGAGCUUCCCCUCGGUAUAUACCGAACCAACGCCCUACCAAUUGAAGCCGGUGGUAUUGGUGGAGGUAUUUUUCUGGAAGCAUCUCGCCUCAACCAUGCUUGUGAUAAUAACGCGCAGAAGCACUGGAACGAUAACAUCAAACGACAUACAGUACAUGCCUUGAGAGACAUUGAAAAGGGGGAGGAGAUCACGAUCUAUUACCUGGGUAGCGACAGAAGCCGAAAAGAACGUCAAGAAGCUCUGCGAGCAAAGUUCAAGUUUGACUGCACAUGCCGCCUGUGCUCUUUGCCCAUUGCGCAGAGCCAGGAGAGCGAUAGAAGAUUUGAGGAGAUUGCAAGACUGGAGCGUCUCAUCGGUGCAGGUGGCAUUUCAGCUAUCGUGUCCACUGCGCUCCGGACCCUUCGUUACGUUGACCAAAUGGUCACACUUUAUGACGAGCAAGGUCUAGGUGAUGCUGGUUUGGCAAGAGCGUUUUUCGAUGCCACUCAGAUCGCUCUUUCGAAUGGCGACUUGGUAAGAGGAUCUGUCUUCGCGGAGAAAGUAGUGUUCUGCUGGCAAAUUGCACAUGGGAGUGACAGUAAGGAAGUGAUUGAAUAUGGAAGUCUGGCACAGGACCCUUCGAAACACUCGCUAUUCAGACAACUAGCCGGCUUCUCGAGCAAAUGGAAGACAGCCCUUCAUGAAAAACCACAAGGAGUAGGACUUCAGGAGUACGAAGACUGGCUGUGGAAAAGGGAAAAGAUUAUUGGCCUUCGGAACAGAAUAGGUUUCCCGCCUUUUUUUAGUCUUCCCAGUGAGUAUGAAAAUGAUGCAGACUCAGAGCACUGGUGCUAUCUGGGUGAGAUCGUGGGCUCAUUGGAGUUGUUACGGUGGGAGUUGCAUUUGAAGGAUGUUGACGACAUGGUGACCAACCUGUUCUUCUACACUGAUGGCCGAGGAAAUGAAGUAGCUUCAAGUCUUAAGAUAGGCCACACUAUGGCAGUUCUCGAUGCAAAGCGCCGACAGUUCAUGGACGGCCAAAUCGGUAUCCGCCUCGAAAACCACAAAAUCAUCAAGGUAUCGAUGUUCAUGAAAGGCUCUAUGUGCUCGUUCGCUAAUGAGGGACAGAUAUUUCCACUAUCGUUGCACAAGUUGCUUACAAUGAAUGACGAAAUCCAAAAGUUUUCUACUCCAAAUGUCGAUGGAACACGUAAUUGUCAUGGAUGUGGAAGGAAGGCAAAUUCCUUGCAAAAAUGCGGAAAGUGCCUGUCGUUUUGGUACUGUGGCAAGGUAUGAGCUCCCAGCAACAAUUUUGUCUCACUGUUUUUAACGUCGUAAAUUAGGACUGUCAGAUGACUGGUUGGAAUGCGAAAGGACACAAAUCCAUCUGCAAGCUUCUGGAAGAUCCUGACCUCCGACGACUAUUCUUUUUCGACUGGGACACGCACGAAGGCACUUUAGAAUUCCCCCUUCCCGAGGAUGAUUCCGAAGGCUGA